AUGGCAGACGUACGCGAUAUUUUGGAUUUGGAACGUCCACCCACCCCAGAAAUCACCAAAGAAACUAUAUUGGGAAAUGAUAAACUAAAAAGGAAACCAAUUGCCCCAAAAGUUUCAAAACGACCAGAAGGUAUGCAUCGUGAAGUAUUUGCUUUGCUUUACACUGACAAUAAAGAUGCCCCUCCUGUAUUUCCUACUGAUACCGGGCAAGGAUAUAAGCAAAUGAAAGCGAAAUUAGGCAUGCGUAAAGUUCGGCCAUGGAAAUGGAUGCCUUUUACAAAUCCAGCACGAACUGACGGAGCAGUAUUUUACCAUUGGCGUAGAGUAGCUGAUGAAGGGAAAGAGUAUCCCUUUGCAAAGUUUAAUAAACAGGUUCCUGUGCCAACAUACACAGACUCAGAAUAUGUUCAGUUGCAUAUUGAUGGAUGGAGUCGAGCCGAAACAGAUCAUCUGUUUGACUUGUGUCGGCGCUUUGAUCUUAGAUUUAUUGUUGUUCAUGACCGUUGGGAUCGAACCCGCUUUCAGUCCCGCAGUGUGGAGGAUCUGAAAGAACGUUACUAUAAUGCAUGCUCCAUUCUUGCACGUAUGCGAGCCCCACCUGGUCAGGAGCCGAAGAUGUACGUGUUUGAUGCUGAUCAUGAGAGACGUCGCAAAGAACAACUGAGGCGUUUGUUUGAACGCACCCCUGAACAAGUAGAGGAAGAGCAGACUUUACUAAGUGAAUUACGAAAGAUUGAAGCUAGAAAGAAGGAACGUGAAAAGAAGCAACAAGAUUUGCAAAAGCUCAUAACUGCAGCAGACAGCCAGGCUGAUCCUCGGCGUCCAGACAAGAAAGUUAACAAAAAGAAGCUUCCUCACCAGGUACGACCACGCAAUGAUUCAAGUAAUUCUGUGGAAACAGCUGGUAUAAAGUUUCCUGACUUUAAGAACAGUGGUGUUAGUGUAAGAUCUCAACGUAUGAAACUACCUGCAAGUGUUGGACAGAAGAAAAUAAAAGCAAUAGAGACUAUGCUAACAGAACUAGGAGUAGAGCUAAUGCCCAUGCCCACAGAAGAAAUUUGCCAACAUUUUAAUGAGUUGCGCAGUGACAUGGUGCUCCUUUACGAGUUGAAACAGGCGUUGGCAACAUGUGACUAUGAUCUUCAAACUUUGCGUCACCAGUAUGAGGCCCUGAACCCAGGCAAGACUCUGGUUAUGCCUGGUUCAAUCUCUGGUGGAAAUGUUGAUGAAGGGCCCAGCAGCACCCAAGACACAGAACCAGUGCGCCAGCGUGUUGUUUCAGAAAUUAUUGAUGUUGUAGGCUCUCCUGGUACACCUUCAGGGUCCUGA